CACCACCACCACCCAUCAUCACCCAUCAUCACACAUCAUCAUCAUCCGUCAUCAUCAUCGUCAUCAUCAUCCUUCUAAUAUUGUGUCAUUCUUAUUUUCCAGGUGAGUGAGCAAGCCGCCAGCACCCAGUGUUGAUGUGUUGGGGCUCGAGUCGCCCCUUCACUCGCCUCUACCCCAGCGCACAGUCUCUGUGCCAGGCUCGUUGUUGUGUCGUCCUAUAGAUCACACGGUGCACCCACAGAACGCCCCUUGUGUCGGGCGUGUGUUAAAUCACGCGGUGCACCCACAGGACGCCCCUGUGUUGGGCCGUGUGUUAAAUCACGCGGUGCACCCACAGGACGCCCCUGUGUUGGGCUCGUGUGUUAGGCAAUAACUUGAUUUGUGUAUGCCUCUGUGACGUCACAGCAGGGAGAGCUAUAAUAGGGAAGGUGUCGGACCACCACUAGACACAUCACCAAGUUGUGCACCAAGAGGUGGUAGUGUACCACAAGUGGAAUAAUUUCCCCCCCCUCACGGGUGUGGGUUCACCAAAGGGAACUCGCUACCACAGGAAUUAUUGUUCUCGUGGAUUUCCUCGCGCUGAAUUGGAACUCUUGAGAAAGAUAAUUUUACCUGCUCGGGGAUAGUCGGUGAAGUUUAUCUUGUGUCUUAUGGUGCUUAAGAUUGUGCGUAUUUGACGUCAUCAUCUGUAUACCUGCAAAGUGACGUUAUCACCACCUGUACACCACACAAAGUGACGUCAUCAUCUCCUGUGCAUCCCACAAAGUGACGUCGCCAUCACUUGCACGCCACACGCAUAGUGACGUCACCACUGUCCGUAGACCAGCAAGGCGUUCUGGGAUAGCCGUCAUGGUCACAGCGCCGAGUUGUUCCUGAGAGGAGGACGUUUGUGAUUGGUGCUUGAGGGGACUGGCCGAGUGCGCGGUUGCCAUGGCAACCAAGGUGAUUUACUUCCUGGUCAACGGUCGCGAGGAGACGGCCGAGUUCAACAGCGAUGACGACGCCGAUGA